CUGAUGUAGUUUCAUGUGACCUGAGUCCAAUGGGAUCAACAAUCUGACAUUGUUAUGGUCACGGACGACUCGGAGUACUACUGGUUGGCACAUUAUCCGAAUUCACCAUCAGUGAUAGAGUUCCUCUCUUCGAUUCAGACGGGUUGCCCUCCACUCGGGCCAUGGCAGGAAGUCCAGCACAAAACAUCCAAGGGCCAUUCUUUAUCGGGCUGACCGUCAACAUCUUCUUGUAUGGUGUCCUCACCACCCAAGUGUACUUAUACUUCACCGCGUAUAAAAAGUGCGUGUCAGAUUUAGAACUUAUCUCUGUAGUGAUUUUGUACAUCGCAGAUAUGUUCAACUGUAUCAUCAGUAUUUAUUAUAUCUAUGAUGCUCUGGUCUCUCAUUUCGGUGAUGAGGCGAACCUUCUGAGGGCCAGCUGGGGUCAUCCCCGUGAUAACCUGCGAAAGGGCACGAUUGGAGCGGUGGUGCAACAUUUCUUUGCAUGGCGGGUAUACAUGAUGACCAAAAAGGUGUUCAUUGUGUUGGCCGUCAUCCUAUGUAGCCUAGUCAACCUGACAGGCUCACCCGGUGCCACUAUCCGCGUUGCCGUCAACCCCAAUCUUUCUGAGUUGCCGCGUCCUGCAGUGGAGGUUACGAUGUGGUUGGUUGGGGCAGUCCUCGCUGAUAUGAUCAUUGCCGUUUCUCUCAUAUGGCACCUGCGAAGAUACAAACAUUUUUACCCUGCAUUGACCAGCAUCAUUAAUCGCAUCCUCAGGAUGACUGUACAGACCGGAGUCCUGACGACCAUCGUAAGUUGUGUUUCUCCGCCAAUGCAAUCAAUGACACGGGCAGUACACUUACUUAGUUGCGAUGCCCCUCCAAGCCACCUAAUAUUCAACAUCCCACUCUCAGAACUACACACGAACUGCAUGUUAUCCAGCCUGAAUGCUCGCAGAGCACGGAAAUACGAUGGAUCGUUAGAGCAAGAACUGAGUUGUGGGGGUGUUGGCACUCAUCAAGUGAGUGCUCUUGCGAGAGCUAUUUCGUCACGACGUCUAUCUUAUUUCCCCUGAUCAGUCGAUUGUGUCUCAAUCACAAACUACACAGCCGGAGGUGCGUAAACCAUCUACUGUUGGCCCCUUAUUGAGAUAGUAACCGAUGCAUUCUGUAUGGAUUGUCAUGCACGUCGAAUCACGCCAGAUGAUCGACGUGGACGGUGAGAGACGAGACAGUCUUUUCCAUCACUACGGUACCCCCAAACACGUAUGCAAUGGUGAAGAAGAUAGCCCGAGCAUCACCGCAACAAUCUCUGAAUAACUAUGCACAUUGUAUCAUAGCAUGGAAUUGUAGGUGUAGAUAUGGAUAACUGAA